CCCAUGGCUCCCUCAGCCCUGCCUGGCUAGAAAUGCUGCAGCUGUGGCCAGGCAGUUGGUUUUCAGUUUUGGGUGGAGCAGGAAUCAAAGGGUUGGGAUGAGGGUGGCUACACCACUGGACCCCCCUGCUUUUACCCCUAGGUAUGAGCAUGCCUUGUUUUCCCCCUUAAUGAAGAUGUGGCCUGCCUGGGGUGAAUGCUGAGGAGUCGUGUGUGUUUGCCAAGACAGAAUUUGACUUCAAAGUCCAUGAGAGAGGCAUGAAUACACUUUUUACUUAUAUGGCUCCAAUCGCAUGGCUUGGCACUGGCAAUUAAGCCAAGAGGGCAUCUACCACAAUGUUCUUUAUUUCUCUUGUUAAAGGCUGGAGGUGAGAUCAGCCCUGCUACCACCACCUUGUUGGCUGUUGAACCUCCUGGACCUAAGCUCAGCCCCCGGGUCUGCCCACAGGGAUUCAUGCAUUUGGAUCUCCCAAACGGACUUACUGCAGACACUUUAACUGGGGAGUAACACGAAAGACCAGUCUGAAACUGCAGCUAAUGCAGUCAUGUCAACUCUCCAAGGUCUCUGCAAACAGUAUUUGCAGGUCUGCCAAGAAUCAAACCAGCCAGAAAACCCUUUCAUUGCACAUAUGCUUCGAGAAGCUGAUAAAGACAAUAUAAUGUUGACAAAAAGGCUUACAUUAAAAAUAGCUGGAAAUAACCGCUUAGUGCCUGUACACAAAAUUACAGAUGAAGAUCUUCACAUGCUUGUCUGCAUCUUACCCAAGAACAUCUUUAUCACAGGGCUGGACCUUAGAUAUAAUGUAUUAACUGAUGUAGGAGCAAAGCAUAUUGCAAAAUUUCUUCAGGAAAAUUCAUCCUUGCGCUAUCUCAAUCUAAUGUUUAAUGAGAUUGGUACCAGUGGAGCAGAGCUGAUAGCCAAAGCGCUACAUAGGAAUGAAGCACUCCUAUAUCUGAGAAUGACGGGCAACAAAAUCAGAAACAAAGGUGGAAUGUACUUUGCUUCAAUGCUGCAAGUCAAUUCUACCUUAGAGAAGUUAGAUCUUGGAGACUGUGAUCUGGGUACGCAGAGUCUAGUGGCAAUGGCAACAGUCCUAAAUCAAAACAAAGCAAUCAAAGCAGUCAGCCUAAACCGUCCUAUACUGUAUAGCCAAGAGGAAGAUACCACAAUUCACAUAGCUCUAAUGCUGAAAAAUAACUCUUGUCUUGUUGAGCUGCAUUUGUGCAAGCAUGAAAUUAAGAACUUUGGUGUGGAGCGACUGUGUGAGGCAUUGUAUGAAAACUGCAGCCUGAAAUACCUUGACCUCAGCUGCAAUAAGAUAACUCGUGAUGGUGUGAAAUUUUUGGGAGAACUGCUGAAAUGGAACAAAACCCUGGAAAUCCUAGAUCUUCAUUCCAACAGGAUAGAAGAUGAUGGAGCUAUCUAUCUGAGUGAAGCCUUAGCUUUGUACAAUGGGACUCUUCAAGCGUUAGCAGUGGCGAGCAACAAUAUAACUGGAAAAGGACUUCUUGCUCUUUCCGAUGCUUUGAAAACAAACACAGUGCUUUCCUACAUCUAUAUUUGGGGAAACAAAUUUGAUGAGCCCACCUGCAUGGCAUUUUCAGAUUUACUUAAAACUGGACGCUUGAAACCAAAUUAUACAGAUGUGGAUCCAUAUGAAGUGGAUGGGCACAUAUACCUUGCAGAACUCUCACAUGGCCUGAAAAAGCAUUACUACUGGACACCAAGUUAUGGGCCAGUUGUUAACAAAGAUGCCAAUGCCAGUCUUGCAAUAGGAGCAGUUUCAGAACAUUUGUGAGCAGGUAGCAGUUCAAUAAGUUCAUAUUCAUAUAUGAAAUAAAACAGAAACAUCUCAUUCAUAGAACAUUACGGUUGGAGGGAACCUCAGAAGGUCAUCUAGUGACCAGCCUCCAGCUCAGAGCAGGACCUUCCCCAACUAGAAAAUCCCAGCCAAGGCUUGGUCUAGCCAGGGCUUAAAAACGUCCAAGGAUAGAGAUUCUACAGGCUCUCUGGAUAACCUGUUCCAGUGCUUUACUACCCUCCUAGUGAGAGUUUUUUUUCCUAAUAUCUAACUUAAACUUUCCUUGCUAUAACUUUAGACCAUUGCUCCUUGUUCUGUCAUCUGCCACCACUGAGAAGUCUCCAUCCUUUUUGGAACUACCCUUCUGGUAGUUGAAGGCUGCUAUUAAAUCUCCUCUCAGGCAUCUCUUCUCCAGACUAUAAAUAAACUCCAUUCCCCCCAGCGCCCUAUUUUCAUUGCCCUCUGCUGGACUCUCCAAUUUGUCCACAUCUUUUCUGUAGUGGGGGGGCCCAAAACUGAACACGGUACUCCAGAUUUGACCUCACUGCUCCCAAAUAGAGGAGAAUAAUCACUUCCCUUGAACUGCUGGCAACGCUUCUACUAAUGCAGCCCAGUAUGCCAUCAGCUUUCUUUGCAACAAGGGCACGCUGUUGGUUUAUGUUGUCCAUUUUGAGCUUGUCCUUAUUGAACCUCAUGACUUUUUUUUAGUCCAAUCCUCCAAAUUUGCCUAGGUGUCUCUGAAGCUAGCCCUACACUCUGGUGUAUCUACUAGUCCUGCCAGCUUGGUGUCAUCUGCAUUUCACUGAGAGUAUCAAAACAUAUGUCAUUUUAUAAGGAAGUUAUUAUGCAGGGUAUGAACACACCUCUGAAAAACAUGAGAAAUAAAAAAACAGCUCCAAAUGAC